AUGGCCCCUCCUACUCCCACCUCUAACCCUUUCGCCGCCAUGAGGAACUUUGGUGGUAUGGUGUCGUCUGCUCUUUCCUUCGGCGACAGAUCUCGCCAAGUCUCCUCCCUCGGCCUCGGCACCCUCUCUUUGGGGGAGCCGUCUGGCGAUGUCCCGCCUCCUCGCUCCGCUUCUCCUCCCGCCGGUCCUCCCGCUGGUUCUCCCUCUGCUUCUCCUCCUGCCGCCAGCCCUCGCCGCAGGACGCCCGCCUUUCGUCCUGACUUCGAAGGAAAAGGGGGUGAUUAUAGUGAUGAGGAUGAUAGAGUCGUGUCGGAGGGUGAAACCGAGUUAGAGGAACACUCGGAUGAUGAUAUGGUGGCGAUAGUCCUGAGCCCGCUCCUGCCCCUCCCCCUGCUCAAAUUGUGGGCCAGAAACGACGCCGUUCCCUCUCCUCUUCUUCUUCUUCCUCUUCUUCUUCUUCCUCUUCUUCUUCUUCCUCUUCUUCUUCCUCUUCCGGGGUUCUCCCCCCCCCCCAACGCCAUCGCCGCUGCCGCCGCUGCUGCCGCCGCCGCCGCCGGUCCUGCUACCGCCGCCCCCGUCGCUGCUCCCCCCCCUUCUCCCAGAGGGGAGCCUUCGCCCAAACGGGUGAAGAGAUCACUGCGGGAAGAAGAGUACUUGUGGGAGAAGAUGAAGUCCGAGCCUGGUCGUUGGAUCGCGGUUGGUGUUGACGAAGCGUGUGAUCGUUGCCGGCCCUCCGUUGUGCUUCAUGCACGUCUGGCCCCUGCUCCUUCUGUCCCGUUUCCUCUGCCCGGGACAUCCCGCCCCGUCCCUUCGACGCUUCUCCUCUCCCCCCUCCCCAGACUCCAGCGUCUGUCCCCCGUUCGCGGGUACCGUCUUCGUCUCUCCGGUCGGUUCGCCGUACUUCGCCGGACCUCCGCCCGUCGCCUCCGUCGCCGUCGCCCUUCGCUCCUGUGGUGUUACGGGGUAACAACGAAUCGAGAGAACUCCAUCGAGUUCGACGGAUUAGGAAGGAGAACGGCGGGAGUUGGAGGCAGUGCUGCAAGGAGACACGAUCCAUUAGCACCAGAGCCCCUAGAUUUCCACGAGACCUCCAUCGAGUUCGACCCAACCUGCGACCUAGUCGUCGUGUUUCCAGUACCGUUACAAGUUGAAGAAUCAGCCUUACGCACCUUGGGUCGAAUCGGAGAGUACUGUAUGCUCACCAGAGGGAAAGCGCGGAAAAUGAUACCAGAAAAAGAGGAGUUGGAACAAGGGCUGGUCCCAGAGGAAGAAAUACCAACAAGUUCUUCGAGAAGUACCAUUUCACAUGAUCUCACUUCUACUACCACUACCCCAGAUCCGCUAAAUGAAUUAUCGCAGCAGUUGUCACAAUUGUUAGCCAUUAUGACGAUGCAACAAAAGGAACAAAAUGCAUUAAGGGAAGAACUGGCUACGAUGAAAGCUGACCGACAGAACCAACAGAUACUCACAUCGAAAGGGGCAAGUUUGAUCGAAGUCGAAGAAAACAAGCCGUGUUUGGAGCCAAAACUUACCAACAACGAACGAACAGGAAGAACCAGGUGUGCGGAUCCACCUACCUUCAGUGGAGAACGAGGAGAAUUGGACAACUUCCUUGCAGCAUGUCACAUGAACUUCGAAUUCAAAGGGGCAGAGUACGCCACCGAUCGCAGAAAGAUCCUGUUCAUGUACGGGUAUCUUCGAGGCACCCCUCAAAUGCUUAUAACCCCGGCCAUAACCAAUCCAAUGGUAAAUAACACCGACCCUCGAACCAAAUCGGACUGGAUCUAUUUCAAACAGCAUGUGAUAGGGACUGAGGAGAACCAACGGAUGGCUGAAACGAUGAUUGCAGCGAAUCGAUGGGCUGCUAGACGCAAACAUGAGACGACCUGGCUUCCUCCUCGAUCGAAUUCGAUGCGAUUGGAUACUAGUUUGCCCAACCCGGUAGAGCGCCACUCACAAUCGACUGGUAGAGGAUCCUUGCCCGGUGGAAAACCAGGGAUGAUGAAUUAUGGUCUACCAAAUGACCCUCCGGUCACUUGGACAGAGGACGGAGGACGUCUCAGCGAGAACGAAAUGACUUGGAGGAGGGAGAACCGACGUUGUCUCAAAUGUAGAAGUCCAGAACAUUACGCCAACAACUGUCCAAAUGGAGGAAAUACGAGAAACAACAUUAGGGGAUCCCCAAACCCGCAUAGCUCACCGAUUCCUAGUGGAUCGAACUCGAUCCCAACUGGAUCCAAAGGGCCAUUAGUUCGAGGAAUGGCGGUGACCUUUGAAGAAGAGGGAAACGACUACCUGGCCUAA